AUGUUACGAUUCUCGCUUUGCGCCCAAUCAUAUCACUCACUGUUGUUCACAGUGCCAAUCUCUGGCACCCGCUUCGCCCCCAUCCCUCCCUGUCCUAACUCACAUUCCCCUCGUUUCGCCCCAUCCUUCCCCCAUGGUCCCCCGUACUUUCCCCAUAUUCCCUCGUCCUUCCUCCCAUCUACCUACCCCUGUGCUCCCCCCAUUCUACAGGGCGACGCUGCACGUGGGGUGCGCCAACUUCAGAUUCUCCACCUCCUUCGCUCCCCACUUCAACCGUUACCUCCCUCGCUUUGCCUCUCUUCCCCUUGCUUCCCCCACUCCCCUUCCCCCUCCCCCCCCUCUUCCCCCCUCUCAUUCCAGGGCGACGCUGCACAUCCCGGGUGCGCCAACCUCCACUUCUCUCUUCCCUUCCCCAUGCCGUGCCCAUCCCCACACUCCCCCUCCCACACUCUCUCCCCCCCUCCCUGCUCCCCCGCAGGGCGACGCUGCACAUGGGCCUACUGGAUAGCUGCGUUACACGAGAGGGGCAUUCACGAGAUCAGCAUCGUGGGGGACAGUCACCAGCGGUUUCUAGCAAUGCACCUGGCUUUCCUGCUCACAGCACACACUCCCCCCAUCCCCUCUUCCCCCCAUCCCCUCUCCCCCCCAUCCCCUCUUCCCCCCAUUCCCCCCACCCCCCCCUUCACCCCCAGGUGGGCCUUCUACCCAUGCACCCCCCCUGAAAUCCCCAAAUCCGAGUGGGUAGCAGCGUUGCACGAGAGGGGCAUUCACGAGAUCAGCAUUGUGGGGGACAGCCACCAGCGGUUCCUGGCGGCACAUCUGGCCUUCCUGCUCACGGCACAGUCAGACGGCAGACUGAAUCGAUGGCAUGAAAACCUGCUGCUUUACGCGCGUGACGGCAGCCGCAACCGCACGCUGCGGAUCAACUUCUACUGGAUUGAUGGGAUUUACAAAAAUGGAGAAUUCGGCUGCACUCAUCGCGGCCAGACCACCAACCGAUCCGAGGCCUUCCCCGAAAUCUCUCCCACGGCUGACGUGACGCUCUUUGAGGGAGGCUACUGGGCAGCUUCCUUCUGCCGCCAGCCCCUCAAGGCCCUCCGAGUGCACCUCGCGGAGUUCGCCCGCUGGGCGCUUGCCGCCGCGCCCGCAAAAGGCAGGGUUAUUUUCCGAACUAUCCCGUCGUUUCCGGUUGCGGGGGACUGGUGCAACGUGUUGUAUCCGGGGCCGAGAUCGAAUAGGGUGGUUAUGGCGAUCAAUGCGCUGCUGAAGCAGAUCGUGCAAGGAGGGACAGAGAAGCUGGUGGCUCUUGAUUCUAGCUUGCAGGUAUUACCUGAAGACUCUGAGGAGGAGGGAAGAAACGCAAACAGGCCAUCACCAUCACCAUCACCAUCACCAUCACCAUCACCAUCACCAUCAUCAUCACCACCACCACCACCACCACCACCACCACCACCAUCAUCAGCCGAAUCCGCUGAGCUGGCAGCAUUACCCGCAGGGGCAGCAACAGUGCUGGACACAUGGCAGGUGGACGCCCCUCGGUAUGCCGACACAGCAGUGCCCAACGACCACCAUUACUCCAAAGUGCAGGUUACAGAACAAGGUGCAGUGGUGGUGGGGGACGUGGGGGAGGCGCAAGUGCGGGUCUUCAUUCAUUACCUGCUGCACCUGCUUCCCCCAGUCCGUGCUAGCGCACUCUAG